AUGGCUACAGAAAUCCUAUCAUGCCCGGCCGCAGAUACGACGGCAAAUCGCCGCAAGGCACCGUAUGUUUAUGACGGAAUUGUUCCUCCAGAUCCGUCACCAGACGACAUUCAGCGUAUUGGGAACGAUAUUGCCAGUCAGUUCGACGACGUCUUUGACCAAAUAGGCUCACUCAACUGCAUGGAAGGACCGGAGAUGAUUAUCGAGCUGACGGACGACGCCACCCAUUUCUACGUCAACGGAUCCAGGCCACUUCCCUUCGCCGACCACCCGGCUGUAAAGAAAUUGCUGGACGACUACGUCGAGAAGAAAAUCAUAUGCCCUGUGACCGAACCGUCGGACUGGGCGGCUCCACUCGUCGUAACACGCAAGUCUGACGGCUCAUUACGCAUAUGCGUCGAUCAACGCGUCUCAACCGAUUCGUGCGACGGCCAACUCACCCCACUCGAGCACCGCGGGACGCGGUGGCAGAAAUCACAGAUUCCCCUAUCACCCUCGUCGCAGCAUCUCACCGUUUUCAUGACACUAUGGGGCAGGUACAAAUAUUUGCGAGCUCCGAUGGGGUUGUGCAGCUCCAGUGAAAAAUACAACCCGCGCGCCGACCUAGCCUUCGAGAACGUCAGCAUCACCAUCCGGGUAGUGGACGACCUGCUCCGAUUUGACAAUUCCUUCCCGGAACACGUAGCGGGAGUAUGCGCGGUGUUGUCGGUGGCCAGGAAAUCCGGUAUCACCUUCAGCCUGAAAAAGUUUCAAUUUGCUAGCACGCAGCUCCAGUGGGUCGGUUUUCAAAUCCAACCGGGAGGCGUAUCCGUCGAUCCAGAAAAGUUACGGGCCAUCUCGGAUUUCCCGAAACCUACCAACAUCACGGAGCUGCGCUCCUUCAUGGGGCUCGUCGAGCAACUUGCCGGAUUUUCUACAGAGGUAGCAGCCGCAAAAACGCCGCUGCGCCCCCUUCUGAGCUCCAGAACACCUUUUUUAUGGACAGCCGACCACGACCACACCUUCGAAGCGGUCAAGGCGGCUCUCGUGGCGCCACCUAUCCUAGCGCCAUUUGAUCCGGAGAUGGAGACGUCGCUGCAGGUCGACGCUUCUCGGAAGAACGGCAUGGGCUAUGCGCUGCUUCAACGUCACGAAGACAUCUGUAAACUCGUCGAUGCCAACUCUAGGUGGUGCACCGACACAGAAUCGCGUUACGCCAUUGUGGAGCUGGAACUGGCAGCCGUCGAAUGGGCGAUGCGUAAGUGCCGCCUCUAUCUCCUUGGAUUACCAUCAUUUCAGCUGGUUGUGGACCAUCAGGCCUUGGUCACUAUUCUGGACAAAUACACCCUUGAUGCGGUAGAAAAUCCCAAACUCCAGCGUUUAAAGGAGCGGUUGUCCCCAUUUGUGUAUUCGACCACAUGGCGGAAAGGACGGAGCCAUUCCAUUCCGGACGCCCUAUCCAGGGCUCCUGUGAACGACCCGGGACCGGACGACGAGAUGGCCAACGACGACGUUCAGUCUUUUGCCAGACGUGUGGUGAUCCGCCAGGUCAGCAGUAUGCAACAGGCCAACGACGAAAUGGAGGAGGACGGCAUCGACGAGGAGUCUCACCUGUCCGACCCCAUGCUAGACGAAUUGAGAGCAGUAGCUGCAUCGGAUAGCGAUUACGUCGAGCUCAUGGCGGCGAUAGCAACGGGAUUCCGGACACCACGCAAUCAGACAGACCUGGGCGUUCGUCAAUAUUGGUCUGUCCACGAAGAACUAUCGGUAGAUGACGGCCUCGUCCUCUUCGGCCGCCGCAUCGUCAUUCCACGGCCGGCCCGCCGGGAGAUCAUCCAAAAGCUCCACGCGGCCCAUCAGGGCAUCGUACGAAUGAAGCGUCGGGCGCGCCAAACCGUCUUUUGGCUGGGCAUGUCGAACGACAUAACCUUAUGGGUGGAAAGCUGCCAGGCAUGUCAGGAGCGACUCCCGCAUCAACAGAAGGAGCCUCUCAUACGCGACCCCCUGCCAACACGGGUAUUCGAAGAUUUCUCAGCCGACCUUUUUCAGGUGGGCCCGCUACACAUCCUCGUCUACGCGGACCGCCUGUCCGGAUGGCCCAUCGUUCACCAAUGGCGCCACGACCCGUCAGCGCGGGAAGUUACACAGGCCGUCAUUGAAAAUUUCGUCGACCUGGGCGUUCCCGUGCGGCUGAGGUCCGACAACGGCCCACAGUUCGAAGCCCACAGUUCCCAAACCAAAUUAAGCCAAUGGGGCGUAGCGUGGGGCAGCUCUUCGCCACACUACCCCCAAAGCAACGGCCAGGCGGAGGCAGAAGUUGCAGCGAUGAAGGACCUAGUGACAAAAAUCUCAUCCCACGGUGAUAUCACGUCGGACGAGUUCGCCCGCGGAAUGUUGAAAUUCCGAAACACCCGAGAGAAAACGGCAAGUCACCGGCGGAAAUGGUUUUCGGACACUCGUUAUGGUCCAUUAUUCCAGUGCACCGGACGGCAUACGCCACUCAUUGGCGGUCAGCCAUGGAAGGCCGUGACCGGCAAACAGCGAUCGACGCGGAGGUAA